AUGUGCAAGGAUGAGAUGAGUUCGGAAGAGAAUGCUGAAAUUUAUACGACCGAAUUCCUCAACACCGUGUCUUGCUCCGGUCUCCCUUCACAUAGGCUGAAACUCAAGGAAAAUGUUCAUGUUAUGCUCAUACAAAACAUCGACCGCGCGAGAGGCCUUUGCAAUGGAACCAAACUUCAAGUUGUUAGAAUGGGAACUCAUGUUCUUAGCUGCAAGGUUCUAUCCGGCAAAAAUACCGGUGAUGUUGUUUUCAUUCAUCGGAUGACGUUGGUCCCGUCGAACUCUACUCUGCUAAUUAAGUUCUUGAGGCGACAAUUUCCCCUGAUGGUUUCCUUUGCAAUGACCAUCAACAAGAGUCAGGUUCAAACACUUUACUUCAUCAGUUUGUAUCUACCCAGACCUGUAUUCAGCCACGGUCAGUUGUACGUUGCACUCUUGAGAAUCAAGAGUAGAUCUGGCAUAAAGAUCGUAAUCAAGUCCAAAUCCGGUGGAUUGUCGAGUUCAACUAGCAACGUUGUUUACAAAGAAGUAUUUCAGCGCAUACGAAGGUACAUAUAG